AUGAAGCUCAAUUUACUUGGUACCACCGUGAUUCUGCUUGUUGCCUUCUUGCCGCGCUACGAAUGUCGGGCUAUUGACAGCCCUGGCGGUGCACUGCGCGUCCUCGCUCCCCAAACCCAGAACUCCCAGCAGCACCAGAGGUCGGGUCCCAUUCUGGAGCGGCUCGGAGAGGAGGUCUUCGUCCGACUGGGCAACGGGGACUCUAACUCUUUCCCAUCCUCGUCCAUGUAUCCCGCCGAGUCGCCUGCCAUCUACAACAGAGCCCUGCAACUCCAGAUGACGCGGCGUCUUUUACAAGGGAAAGUUGGGAACAUCAGGGCGCUUAUAGGCGGCUUCGAGGACCGCGGUGACGACUCGAUGGAGAGGGGCAGGAGGUCCGAGGACCCGCCGAUAUCCCUGGAUCUGACCUUCCACCUGCUCCGGGAGAUGAUGGAGAUGUCCCGGAAGGAACAGAUGGCUCAGCAGGCGCAAAAUAACAGAAGAAUGAUGGAGCUCUUCGGGAAAUGA